AUGCCUUUAGAUAAAUGUCGCACGAUCAUUCACUGUUUGCGCGUUUGUGAUUCAACAACCGACCGAAAUGACUCAUUGAUCGCCCAUCACCUCUGCCGAGGGAAGAAAUCUCCUCACAAUCACAGCGCUGCUCAAAUAUCACAAACUUCGGAAACAUCCAACUACGGCCAAUGGACACUGGGUGAAGACUUGUGUAAAGUGUUUCCAGUAUUCUUCUACGGUAACGUGGCCGUUUCCGUGCUAAGCAUGGUAGGCCUCACCAUAAAUCGGUAUACGCUGAUUCUACAUCCUAGUCGAUAUGCUAAGAUCUACACUCCAAUAAGCUUGUGUCUUCAACUGUUCGCGAUAUGGGCAUUCUCCUUCGGAAUUAUGCUCCUUCCAUUAUUCGAAAUAUGGGGAACACUAGGACUUGACGAAGAGACAUUCUCUUGUACGAUACUAAAGAAAAAUGACACAUCACCAAAGAAGUAUAUUUUCCUGUUUGGGGUUCUAGUGCCCUGUAUAAUCAUUUCAAUCUCUUAUUCGUGCAUAUUCUACACAGUACACAAGCAACGAGCAAAGCUUAAGGCUCACAACUCCAACUCUUCGGGGAGAAUUGAAUCCUUUUUCCGAAGCAAAGAAGAUUGUCGGCUCACGCUGACACUGCUGACCAUUUACAUAUGCUUUUUGGUAUGCUUUCUGCCACUAAUGCUUGCCAACGUGAUCGACGACGACGGAUCGUAUGCGAAUCUCCACGUGUUUGCCUCGGUGCUGGCGUGGAUGUCAGCCGUCAUCAAUCCAUUCAUCUAUGCCAUCGGGAGCCAGAAUUACAGGCACGCGUAUACCAAACUCCUCUCAGAACUUUGCUUCUGGAAGACUAAUGUCGAACUGCGAUCGUUCGACGAAGUGAACAAAUCUCGGACGGUAGAUCAUUUAUAG